AUGACCACCGGAAAGAUACUGAAGCACCUAUCCUCCAUUGCCAACGACGUCGUUCAGCGAUGCGCCUUGACAGUGGGAGUUUCGGUGGAGGAAUUGGUGGAAGAAUUUGAAAGUUUUGUAUGGAAAAAUAAUGGUGAUGAUGAUGAGGAUGUUCAUGGGAGUUAUGGUGAGGGGUAUUCCAGGAGAUUGGUGGAGUAUUGUAGUGGAAAAGCUGUGAAAGAAUUUUGCCAAAAAGUGGAUCAAACCAUUGCAGAUGGCUCUUUUGCUCGAUUCACUUUCGAUCUCAUGCUUGCCUGGGAACUCCCUUCUUCUGCUCACGAAGAAGCUCGUACGGAAAAUGUUGGAAAGGAAAGAGAAGACAAGAAGAUGCCUCCCAAAGCAACUUUGGAGCAAGACGACAUUUCUCUUUUCUAUUCAGACAUUAUGCCACUUCUUGUUGAUAAUGAGCCUAGUGUGGGAGAAGAUGCAUUUGUAUGGUUUGGGUCUCUGGUUGUAUUAGUUACAGAUGUUGUUAAUGGAGGAUUUACCUUUGAAGCUCUCACAGCUUCAACCAGAAACCGACUGCAUUUUCCUGCCUACGACAAAUUUUUGAAGGAAAUUGACAAAUGCAUGAAACACCUGCAAAAACAAGAAACUCCCAGUGGCGUUGAGCUCGGUGACGAUGAAUUCAUACUUCAUGUGGAGGGAACCGCCAGUUCAAAUAGAGUUAUCCGCCACAUUGGAGGAACUAGUUGGCCUGGCAGACUUACACUAACCAACUAUGCUCUUUACUUUGAGGCAUCUGGGGUAAUAACAUAUGAAGAUGCACUUAAGAUAGAUUUCUCAAAGGACAUUGAGCAGAGUGUGAAACCAAUUGCUACAGGGCCUUGGGGUGCCCCACUUUUCGACAAGGCCAUAGUCUACGAGUCGUCUGAGCUAUCAGAGGGAAUUGUGAUAGAGUUUCCAGAGAUAACAAGCUCCACAAGACGUGACCAUUGGCUUGCGCUGACAAGGGAGAUCCUUCUCCUACACCAGUUUCUAUCCACAUUCGAUGUGAAAUGUCCGAUCCAAGCCUGGGAGAUGCACGCGAGGACAAUACUCAGCACAGUAAGGCUCCACGCAGCACGAGAGAUGCUAAGAAUAUCGCCCCCUGAACCAACAAAAUUCUUGAUUUUUGCCUUAUUUGAUAAGAUACCAAAGGGCGAUUAUGUACUAGAAAAGAUCGCCGAGAGUCUUAAGACGGUGAGUUCAGGACAUUCAUGCAGUGCUAGCUCACUCCUGAGGAGGAUGAAUGUGAGGGAAGCAAUCAUCUCAAGUUUAGAAGAAGAAAUUACAAAAGAAAGUUUAAGAGGCCCAUUGGACAACAUCACUUCAUUGGAAACUGCUAUAAAUAAAGCUAGAGAAGAAGAGAAUGAAAGUGCUGUUGCAAAAGCCACCACAGAGGGCUUAAAAGAAGAAGGAAUAGCCGAAAGCACUCUUGUUUUGAUGGAGCUGCUAAAGCCAGUUAAAAAUUUGCUGCCUUGGUUCCAAGAAAUCCUUAUGUGGGAAAGACCAGUAGCUACUCUUAAUGUGAUGGCUUCGGCUCUAAUGAUAGCAUACAAGGAGUGGAUUGGCAAGGGAAUCGCAGUUUUCUUGUUUUGGGUGGUAGGGUACAUGGUUCAGGCGAGACGAAACAGACUCGGCGAGAGAUGCAAUGAGAUAGUAGUUUGCAAAGCCUCUGAUAAGAGUGUAAGGGAAAGCGUGGUAUCAGCUCAAUAUGGACUGCUAUCAGUUUAUGAGUUAGUGCAGGAGGCAAACAUAGCAUUGUUGAAAAUUCAGUCCAUCUUCUUAUCAAAGGCACCCAAGCAUGCAGAUAUGGUGAUGGUGGCUCUAAUUGGAUUAGGUGUGAUAGCUGCAGUGAUUCCAACAAAGUAUUUCAUAAUGGGAAUGAUUUUGUAUUGCUUCAUUAUGACAUCAAAAAUAGGCCAAAGGUUUGGGAACAACCAAGGAAAUAGACGACUGAAAGAAUGGUGGGACUCAAUUCCAGUGAUUCCAGUACGAGUGGUAAACGAGAUGCCUGAUUCUGAACCUUCUACUUCUACAUAGUGGAAUUGGUAAGAUACUACAACUAUGGGAGACCAUGAAUAAUCAACACUCUAUAGGUAUAUAGAUUUUCACACACUAUCAUUUUCUCUACAGUUUUUUUCUUUUUCUUUCGAAUAAAUUGAAAGAGAUGGGAAUGCAGUUUUUCUUUUCUAGUUUGGAAACUUAAAAGGUUUUUUUUGUUAUAAAUAAAAUAGGAUUGUAAAGAAGAAAACAAACACAGCUUUAUUAUAGUAAAGCUCUCCCCUUGUUGCACAUAAUGUUAAAGAAAGACCUUAUAUUGUGUUGUGUUUCAGUUAAAGUAGAAUAUAAUAGUUAUGUACAACUUUGAUGAUCUAGAAUUUCUACAAGUUCAAAUCACACCAUAUAUUAAUUUGGCAUAUUAAGUGAAAACCAAGAAACAUAUUUUUAAGGAUAGCUGAAAAUGUGA